UGUUACAAUGAUUUCAUACGGAGGCUGUCUCGCACGAUUCCCCUUCAGAACGUUACCGUGGGCAGGCGCAACCUCCCUCCUCCAUGCGUAAAAUAUGUAGGGCACGCUUUGCCAGCACCAUUUGAGAAAAGCCAAACCGGUAAAUAUACUGUACUGGGGAGGGGGCGGGGGGAGCGUGCCAUAUUAGCCAGGCUCCUCAUCGUCAACCUUAAUCAGCGUCUCAACUGAAGAAGAGAAAGCACAUUUGGAAGGAGAAGGAGGAGGAAAAGAUGGACAUUACCGACCAGGGUGCUCAGAUGGAGCCUCUGUUGCCAGCGGAACAAUGCCCUCAAGAAAAUAAAAAUGUGAGGACCGAUGAGGAAGCAGUGGUGGACCGCGGCGGAACCCGCUCCAUGCUGAACACCAACUUUGAGAAGGAAGAACUCGAAGGUCACCGUACUCUGUACAUUGGGGUACAUGUUCCUCUGGGCCGGAGAUCACAUCGCCGCCACCGUCACCACGGUCAUAGACACAGGAAGCGCUCCAAGGAAAGGGACUCGACAGCUGACGAUGGACGAGAAUCUCCCUCACACACAAACACGCCGGCUCAGAGGGUGCAGUUCCUGUUGGGGACUGAGGAUGGCGACGAGGAACACAUUCCGCACGCCCUGUUCACCGAGCUGGACGAAAUCUGCCUCAGAGAGGGGGAGGAUGCAGAAUGGAAGGAGACUGCCAGGUGGCUGAAGUUUGAGGAGGACGUUGAAGAUGGCGGCGAGCGAUGGAGUAAGCCCUACGUGGCCACGCUGUCUCUCCACAGUCUUUUUGAGCUCCGCAGCUGCAUUAUGAACGGUACCGUGAUGCUGGACAUGAGGGCAAAUUCGCUGGAGGAGAUUGCAGAUAUGGUCCUGGAUCAGCACGAAGUUUCCGGCCCGCUGGGACAGGAUGCCAGGAGGAGGAUCCGUGAGGCCCUGCUCAAACAGCAUCACCACCAGAACCACAAGAAGCUCGCCAACCGCAUCCCGAUUGUCCGCUCCUUUGCAGACAUCGGCAAGAAGCAAUCAGAGCCUCAUUCUAUGGAUAAGAACGGCCAAACCGUUUCAUCGCAGUCGCAGUCAGCCAGCACCGAGGGCAAACAAGACGUCAGCAGAGAAAACAGUGCCGUCGACUUCAGCAAGAUUGACCUUCACUUCAUGAAGAAGAUCCCGCCUGGUGCCGAGGCCUCCAACGUCCUGGUCGGGGAGUUGGAGUUUCUCGACCGUCCUGUGGUGGCCUUCGUCCGCCUGGCACCCGCCGUGCUGCUCAGCGGUCUGGCUGAGGUUCCCAUCACCACCAGGUUCCUUUUCAUCCUGCUUGGGCCUCUGGGAAAAGGUCCACAGUACCAUGAAAUUGGACGAUCUAUUGCAACCCUGAUGACGGACGAGGUUUUCCAUGAUGUGGCCUAUAAAGCCAAAGACAGAAAUGAUCUUGUCGCAGGCAUUGAUGAGUUCUUGGACCAAGUGACAGUGUUACCCCCUGGCGAGUGGGAUCCCUCCAUCAGAAUAGAACCACCCAAAAAUGUGCCCUCUCAGGAAAAGCGGAAGAUUCCUCCUCUUCCAAACGGAGUUACAGAUCUUGUGGAUUCAGGGGAACAUGGAGGCCACGGUGGCCCUGAGCUUCAACGCACUGGAAAGCUGUUCGGCGGGUUUAUCUUGGACAUCAAGCGGAAGGCCCAUCACUACCUUUCUGACUACACUGACGCCGUCAGCCUGCAGUGUCUGGCCUCCUUCCUUUUCCUUUACUGUGCUUGCAUGUCACCUGUCAUCACCUUUGGAGGUCUUCUGGGUGAGGCUACUGAAGGGCGUGUGAGUGCCAUCGAGUCCUUGUUUGGGGCUUCCAUGACUGGAAUUGCAUACUCGCUUUUUGCUGGGCAGCCACUUACGAUCCUCGGCAGCACCGGUCCGGUUCUUGUGUUUGAGAAGAUCCUCUUCAAGUUCUGCAAGGACUAUGGCCUCUCCUACCUCUCCCUGAGGGCCUGUAUAGGCCUUUGGACGUCCUUUUUCUGUCUCCUGCUUGUGGCCACAGAUGCCAGCUCGCUUGUUUGUUACAUCACCCGGUUCACAGAGGAAGCCUUCGCAUCCCUGAUCUGCAUCAUCUUCAUCUACGAAGCCCUGGAGAAACUCGUCCACCUUGGCGUGCACUACCCCAUCAAUAAAAACAACAAUCUUCAGAAACUAACGCAAUAUUCGUGCACUUGUGUGGAGCCCAGGGAUCCCAGCAAUGACACUCGGCUGUUCUGGGAGGAGAGGAACAUCACAGCCUCCCAGGUCAACUGGACUACGUUGGAAGUUACGGAGUGCGAAGAUCUGCACGGGGAGUUCGAAGGCAGCGCCUGCGGUCCCCACGGCCCUUACAUUCCUGACGUCCUGUUCUGGUGCGUGGUCCUCUUCUUCUCUACCGUCUUCAUGUCCGCCUUCCUCAAGGAGUUCAAGACAAGGCGCUACUUUCCUACCAAGGUGCGAGCCAUCAUCAGUGACUUUGCAGUCUUCAUCACCAUCCUCACCAUGGUUCUGGUUGACUAUGCUCUAGGCAUUCCCUCACCAAAGUUACAAGUUCCCAACAAGUUUAAACCAACCAGAGAUGAUCGUGGCUGGGUUAUAAACCCCGUGGGUCCCAACCCAUGGUGGACCACCAUCAUCACCUUCAUCCCUGCUCUGCUGUGCACAAUCCUCAUCUUCAUGGACCAACAGAUCACGGCUGUUAUUAUCAACAGGAAGGAACACAAACUGAAGAAAGGCUGCGGCUAUCAUCUAGACUUGUUCGUGGUUGGCGUGAUGCUGGGCGUGUGCUCUGUGAUGGGCCUGCCGUGGUUCGUGGCCGCCACCGUGCUCUCCAUCUCUCACGUGAACAGCUUGAAGCUGGAGUCCGAGUGCUCUGCACCCGGAGAGCAGCCCAAGUUCCUGGGCAUCCGUGAGCAGCGCUUUACUGGUCUCAUGAUCUUCACCCUAAUGGGCUGCUCUGUCUUUAUGACCUCUGUCUUGAAGUUCAUCCCGAUGCCUGUGCUGUAUGGAGUGUUUCUCUACAUGGGGGCGUCCUCACUUAGAGGCAUCCAGUUCUUUGACCGUGUCAAGCUGUUUGGGAUGCCGGCCAAACACCAGCCUGACUUCAUUUACCUUCGCCACGUUCCACUCAGGAAGGUGCACCUCUUCACCAUCAUCCAACUCAGCUGUUUGGUGCUGCUGUGGGUCAUCAAGACCUCCAAGGCCGCCAUAGUGUUCCCAAUGAUGGUCUUGGCUCUCGUCUUCAUCCGCAAGCUUCUGGACUUAAUCUUCACCAAGAGAGAACUUAGCUGGUUGGAUGACUUGAUACCGGAGUGGAAAAAGAAGAAGCUCGAAGAUGCUGCACAAGAGGAGGAGCACAGCAUUAUUGCCGAGGAGGAAGGCAUCGUGCAGGUUCCGCUUGAGGGACACUACAAGAGCGACCCAGCGACAGUGAACAUCACCGAUGAGAUGUCCAAAGGCUCAUUUGGGAAUGUUUGGAAGAGCGUGAACCCCGUGGAAAAGGAUCCGCCUGCUAAAAGCUCCCCUUCCUAACCUCUCAGAAGCUGAGAAGCCAAAGUUUUCCCAAGAGUGUUGAGAAGCGCCACAAGCGUCGAAAGCGCGACAAGAGCUUGGACCGGGAGACAAGUUUGUGAUGACGCACACUUGAAGAUAAUGCCAUCGUUCUGUUCCUUAUGGUCAUUGAAAAAAAACAAAAAACUGUGCCACACUUCACCACCUUUGUACUGUGAAACUUUUUUUUUUUUUUUUUUUUUUGUUAUGCGUGUCAUGUGCAACUUGUGUAUGAAACACAAAAUUAGAAACAACAUCGGUGACUAUAUUAAAGAGUUACUGCACAUUUUUGUGAAACCAGCAACAAAACGGGCCAACUAAAGGACACAUUUUGAAAAAUGUUGAAUUGUAUUUUAUAUGUUUUUAUGUUUUGCAAAACCGGUAACAUUUAUAAAAUCUUGCUUCAGCCAAAUUAUUAAACUGCUUAUUUACGUGAUGGACGUUAUUGUAGAAGUUAGGAUUUCUGUGAAAAGUGUGUCUAAAGCUAAUCUACAGUUAAAAUAAAAAAAAUUUAAAAAAUGAUGUUAAAUCUCCUAUAUUCUGUAUAUUGAAUUUUUUUUGUGAUGUUACAGACUUUUUUUCCCACCUUUUUCAAGGUAGUACAUUAUCUUUGCCUCCUUUGGCAAAUUGCUACUUGUUCUUUUUCUCUUUGUCCAUCGUUGCUGAUGUUUGGAGUGGCUUGUAGAAAAACGUUUAUCGUUUAUCAUCUUGUCAGUACAUGUCAUCCAUGGACCUACGCUGUCUUCUGUGUUGUGUUAGCGGUCAAAAGGAUUUUUUUUUUUUUUUUUAAAGACACCGUUAGUACUUCUAGGGAUGCAAUAAUUAAAAAAAAAAAAAAUCUGCAAAGGGCAACCUGUAAUACGUGCUGAAGAGUCUUAACGAUGUACAAUACAUACUAUAUUUUAUUGUAUUCAGUGUUACUAAUAUAUCACCAAAAAUGAUGUCCAAGGCAGUUUUCUGAUGUCGAUGUUUCUUUCCCAACGUCUGAUGCUACUCUCCAUGCUUAGAGAAACUAAUAAGAGGUCAAAAUAAUAUCAAUAUCACAUAUUUUGACUGCAUCUGUGUCUAUUUUACUUUUUUUGUUGUUGUUUUUUUUUUUUUGCCUUAAACUUUGACAGAUGAUGGCCAUGCGCUUUUGGUUGUUAAUUUGACUGGAGAUUGUGAAGUAAUCAGUUCCACUUUGUUGUUAAAUUGUGGUUUUGUUCAGCAGAAUGAGAAAGAUGCAAUGACGAGUGUCUAUUAAAAUUUCAAUAAACGUAUGUGGAAUGAUGCAUUUCCCCCCCCCCCACCCCCCCACCCCCCCAUGUCGAUCUUUGCCCUUUGAGCGCCGUAAGUGUCACGAUCGAGCUUUUUGCGGUGUUUGAUAGUCUAACAGCUUCUGGAAUGAAGCUGUUCCUCAGCCUGGUGGUCCUGCAUCGGAUGCUCUGUAACCUCCUGCCCGAGGGGAGCGGAUGGAAGAGAGCGUGUGCGAGAUAGAUCCCGCGAAAUGGCAAAUUAUGUGCGAUAUGAAUAUGAAAGUAAAUCCGCAAUGCACUGAAUCUGCAAUAGGUGAACCACGAUAUAACGAGGGAACACUGUACAACGAUACUCACGGGCAUAUUAUUUUUAAACAAUUCAUAUUACUGUAGUUUACUGAGUCACUAAGAGUAGUUGUUAUAGUCUUCUUCACUUGUAUCGUCACGACUGUACUUUACUGCCCCCGAGUGGACAAGUUAUGCACCAGAAGGUGUCGCCAUGCAUUAAUUGUGAUGCACAAACUGUUAAAUUAUUUACAUUCUAUUUAAUUAU